GGAACUUGUUGAACAAAGGGACUGUGGUGUAUUGAGUAAAACUGCAAGAUCCAAGGACAGAAACUAAGAAACACAAUAUGACCCUGAUAUGCAGGGGCUGAAGCAAGAUAUUUUAGUAAAUCAUUUUGGAAGGUCAUCUUUUGCAGCUGUUGCUGUUUUUAAAGAAGCAUUUGUCGAUGAAGGGAGAAAUUUGUGAACCCAUCACCAACCAUUCCAAGGCUUUGAUUGGCAAGAAUGCCAUCUUCAACACGUAAAGGGGCAGUGAGAGAUCCAGAGGUUUCAGAACUGUUCUUUAAAGAGGACCCAGAGGAACUUUUUGUUGACCUGCAUGAAAUUGGACAUGGAAGCUUUGGAGCUGUUUACUUUGCCAGAAAUGCGCGCACAUCUGAGGUGGUGGCAGUCAAGAAGAUGUCCUAUAGUGGUAAACAAAUAACAGAGAAAUGGCAAGACAUUAUCAAAGAAGUAAAAUUUCUCCGCCAGCUCAAACAUCCAAAUACUAUUGAAUACAAAGGUUGUUAUCUAAAGGAACACACUGCCUGGAUGGUUAUGGAAUACUGCCUCGGAUCAACUUCUGAUUUACUGGAAGUUCACAAAAAACCACUUCAGGAAGUGGAAAUUGCUGCCAUUACCCAUGGUGCCUUGCAGGGGCUGGCCUACCUGCAUUCUCAUAAUUUGAUACACAGAGAUAUAAAGGCAGGAAACAUUUUAUUAACUGAACCAGGGCAAGUCAAACUGGCUGAUUUUGGAUCUGCCUCUAUAGUAUCUCCUGCUAACUCGUUUGUAGGGACGCCUUACUGGAUGGCGCCAGAAGUGAUCCUUGCAAUGGAUGAAGGACAAUAUGAUGGAAAAGUAGAUGUCUGGUCUCUUGGGAUAACAUCCAUUGAACUUGCUGAACGCAAGCCACCUUUGUUCAACAUGAACGCAAUGAGUGCCUUAUAUCACAUUGCCCAGAAUGAAUCUCCAACACUUCAAUCAAAUGAGUGGUCUCACUUUUUUAGAAAUUUUGUGGAUUACUGCCUGCAGAAGAUUCCACAAGAUCGACCAACAUCAUUGGAGCUUCUGCGGCAUGAUUUUGUUCGCCGGGAGCAUCCACAAAGAGUUCUUUGUGACCUUAUUGCAAGAACAAAAGAUGCCGUUCGAGAACUGGAUAAUCUUCAAUAUAGAAAAAUGAAAAAGAUUCUUUUUCAAGAAACUCGCAAUGGACCAACAACAGAAUCACAGGAGGAAGAGGAGGACAGUGAGCAUGGUGCAGGCUUAGGUAGUAAAGUAGAUAGCCUGGGAAGUAAUCAGUCCAUUCCUAGUAUGUCGAUCAGCACAGGCAGCCAGAAUAGCAGUGUUAACAGUCUGCAUGAAGUCUUUGAUGAUAGCUCAGAGAUCGCCAUGAUGCAUGAUGGUGAUAACACCUUGCAGUCUAAUGUCUCCGUCAUCCACAGAAAGCAGGAUCAUGUAUUCAUAAGGGAUGAAGCAGGCCAGAAAGACAUCAGGCCUGAUCUGCGGCCUACACCAUCUCUCCAUAGUCAGGCCUCUCUCCUUAAGAACCGAGAGCAUUUUGCUACAAUCAGAACAGCAUCUCUGGUGGUAGAAGUUGAGGCUUUGGAAGGUUCCAAAGAUAUGUUGGCUAUGGAGCUACAGAUAAAGAAGCAGUUUCAAGACACAUGUAAAGUCCAAACAAAACAGUACAAAGCACUGAGGAACCACCAGCUGGAGGUAACUCCAAAAAGUGACCAUAAAAUGGUCCUAAAAGCACUUAAAGAGGAACAAACAAGGAAACUGGCCAUCCUGGCAGAACAGUAUGAACAAAGUAUCAAUGAGAUGAUGGCCUCACAGGCGCUGCGGCUAGACGAGGCUCAGGAAGCAGAGUGCCAAGCUCUGAAACAUCAGCUUCAGCAGGAAAUGGAGUUACUUAAUGCCUAUCAGAGUAAAAUUAAGAUGCAGACUGAAGCACAACAUGAGCGAGAGCUUCAGAAAUUGGAGCAGCUGGUGUCACUGCGCAGAGCACGCCUUGAACAAAAGAUUGAAGAGGAACUGGCUGCACUUCAGAAGGAACGCACUGAAAGAAUACGAAGUUUAUUGGAAAGACAAGGGCGGGAAAUUGAAAGCUUUGACAUGGAAAGUCUCAGACUUGGGUUUGGAAAUCUGGUUACAUUGGACUAUCCCAAGGAAGACUAUAGAUGAAAAACAUUGCCAUUACCUUGCCCAGGUAUUCUAAUUAUGGGCUCACUUAUUGAGGGCAGACAUCACCUCUGGACUAGUGCCUCUACAGUCCUUAAAUUUCCUUAUAAUCAGGGCCCCAUUGUUAAUGUUAACAAGAACGCUGACCAUUUGUUGGUCAUCUUUUAAAAUGACACAGUAUUGAUAUAUGUGCAAUCAUACUUUUUGUGAAAUUGGAAGGCAGGAUGUACAUCGCUUAUAUGAUCAUGCAUUACAAAUAAUUUGUAAAUCUGUGCAGAAAGACAAAUGUUAUAUCUGCAGCCUUAUCUUACUCGCUGCUAGCUUUCUUUCGGUAUUUAUUCAUCAGGAAAUUUUAUUAAGAUUGAAUAAUUUGAUACAAAAGAAUUUGAUGUACAUGUCGAUCAUACAAAGUGCUUCUGGGAAAUAGAGUUUUAAAAAGAAAUGCUGGCAAGGGUAUCCUGGCCCAGUGUUAAUCAUAUAUAUAUAUAAAAUCAUUUUCUGCUGUGGCAGAUGAUGUGCAUACUGUAUGUGAAUCCUGGGACCCAAGUAGCACAAUAGGGCCAAGGCACUAUCACAUAUAUUGUAUAGAUGGAAUUCAGGAGAGCUUUUACUUAUUUUCAUAAAGUAUUUUAAUGGUUCCUCAAAUUAAUUUUUUAAUGAUUUUUCGUUCAGUAUAUGGAAGUAAAUCUGGCUGUCAGUGGGAUCUUCUAAUAGAAUUUUCCAUCUAGACCAUAAAUGUUGCUUACUCAUACUACAAGCUGUGUAUUUUCUUAUGAAACAAACCAGUAAGAUGCUUUACUAUUGCAUGCACUCCAGUUUUUUUUCAGGUAAAAUAGCAUGACCGUCAAAGCAAAAGUAAGCUUUUAAUCAUAUUUGUAAAUAAAAGUGCUCACCACA